UCAGUUUGGUUCCGACCAUCGUACGAUAAGGUUUCAACAUGCCCUGCUACGAAGAUGAAUUCUCUCCCACAGAUACAAGUGAGGAUAGUAUAGAGAUUUCUAUUAAACCAAGUCACAAAAAAUUUACGAAAAAUAAAAGAAAAUCCGUGGAACCUCGCCGCGUGAAAAUCCAGAACUGGGAAAGAGAAGACUGGAAACUUGAGGAGAAGAAAAGAAGUUUAACUCAAGAUUACAAUGAGAAUGAAUUUUCAUUAAAGAGAAAAUCUCCGUCCCACCUUGCUCCAAAGAAAAGGUUUAAAUUUGACGCCAUGCUUGAGAUGGAACAGGAGAAGAUAAAGGAAGAACAAAUUGAGUUCGAAACUAAACCUUCCCUCACCCCUUUCCGUCCUUGGGCGGAUACAGAGGAGAUAACUCCGGUUUCUUCUCCUUCUCUUCCUCAUCCAAACCUUCCCUUCCUGCUCAACUAUCUCCGUGUAGGUAACCUGGUCCCGGAGCAAGAUGAACCUCUUGCUCUAGUAGUUAAGAAGAAAUCUGACCCGGAGUCAAUUUCAGUUUCCCCCUCAGAUCUCCGGGUUAAAGAGGAGAUCUUAAAUACAUCUGACUCUGAUCUGAGUUGCUAUAGUCCCAGUAGAUCGUCCGGUAAGAAGCAGACAAAUUACAAGAGUAUGACGAAGGAUCGAAGAGUUGAAGCGAAUGCUCGAGAACGUCAAAGGGUCCACACGAUAACUGCAGCAUUUGAUACAUUGCAAGCUGCUAUCCCAUCAGAGGAUGAAAAUAUCAAACUAUCCAAACUAUCUGUGAUAAAGAUUGCUACAGCCUAUAUCAUGGCUCUCUCUAGAAUGGCUGGAUAUGAUUAUACAGAGGAUAGAUCUGCUCCGUCCCUUGAAUCCGUUCUUGAGCAUUGCAGAGAAACCAUCCACACGGAAACGAAAAUAAAGAACAGAAAACUGAACGUAUAAAAUUAUUUUAGACUUUAAAUACCGGCUGUGAAAUAUAUAUUGAUAUAUCUA